AUGGCUGAACAACUGAUCCUGAAGGGUACCCUCGAGGGCCACAAUGGCUGGGUUACCAGCUUGGCCACUUCAAUGGAGAACCCCAACAUGCUCCUGUCUUCCAGCCGAGACAAGACCCUGAUCAUCUGGAACCUCACCCGCGACGAGACCCAGUACGGCUACCCCAAGCGAUCUCUCCACGGUCACUCCCACAUUGUGUCCGACUGUGUUAUCUCCUCUGACGGUGCUUACGCCCUGUCUGCUUCUUGGGACAAGACCCUCCGUCUGUGGGAGCUCGCCACCGGCACCACCACCCGAAGAUUCGUCGGCCACACCAACGACGUUCUCUCCGUCUCCUUCUCCGCCGACAACCGACAGAUCGUCUCUGGCUCUCGUGACCGCACUAUCAAGCUGUGGAACACCCUCGGUGACUGCAAGUACACCAUCACCGACAAGGGCCACACUGAGUGGGCUUCUUGCGUCCGAUUCAGCCCCAACCCUCAGAACCCCGUCAUUGUCUCCUCUGGUUGGGACAAGCUGGUCAAGGUUUGGGAGCUCUCUACCUGCAAGCUGCAGACCGACCACAUCGGCCACACCGGUUACAUCAACACCGUCACCAUCUCUCCUGAUGGCUCUCUUUGCGCCUCUGGUGGCAAGGACGGUACCACCAUGCUCUGGGACCUGAACGAAUCCAAGCACCUGUACUCCCUCAACGCCAACGACGAGAUCCACGCCCUCGUCUUCUCUCCUAACCGAUACUGGCUGUGCGCCGCCACCGCCAGCAGCAUCAUCAUCUUCGACCUUGAGAAGAAGAGCAAGGUUGAUGAGCUGAAGCCUGAGUUCACCUCCGUUGGCAAGAAGAGCCGGGAGCCCGAGUGUAUCAGCUUGGCCUGGUCCGCUGACGGCCAGACCCUGUUCGCUGGUUACACUGACAACAUCAUCCGUGCUUGGGGCGUCAUGUCCCGAGCAUAA